GGGAAUUCCAUUCUAAUGAACAAGUUCCUCUAAUAAUGAGAUAACUAUUAAAUGUAUAAUGAAAUCGACUCAAAGGUAGAUAGGUAAUUUAAGUACCUUAAGUAAAGAAAUAUAAGAAAAUAUAAGCCACCUACCCACUAUAUUGUUCAAGUCAGCCCAAUAAAGCAUGAUGCCCGUACCCGGCACAGCACCUCAUCAUCCUUGAUGCAUGUGCCGGACCCCUCGAUCUAUGUAUCAUAGCUGCACCAUAGCUGCGCCGCCAGAUGCUGCCGAGCGGUCCCCCGGAAAGGAAGAGCAUAUGAUAUACAAUAUUUCCCAAACAAGGAGUCGUUAAAAGCGUUGCAAUUGCACACCAAAAUGUCACAGGUUCUUCUCCUGCCUCUCGCUAUCGCUCCCCCUUUUCCAACUCCUAUCCUUUCUUCCUUGUGUUCUUAGAGUAAAAGAACUGGCAAUAUCCAGGGUAUUAGCUUGAUAACGAACCCUUUCUAGCAGGCGAGGACUCAACCACCAUAUCCGUGGUAAAGAGCCUAGUAUAUCUAAACUACCUAUAUAUCAGAUAUAUACUCCAAGUGCGAGAUAAGACACGAUGGCAGCGACGAUUCUUAUCACGGGGUCUACUGGCCUGAUCGGAUUUCGCAUCCUUCUCGCCGCUCUCGCCGCCGGCCACAAUGUGCGUUAUACGGUUAGAUCGGAAGACAAAGCCAAGGUAGUCUCUUCAAACCCUGCUGUUCAGAGACUCGCGCCUGGUGAACGUCUCUCUCCGGCCAUCAUACCUGACUUCACUGUCGAAGGUGCCUUUGAUUCGGCCCUGCAAGGUGUCACACACAUCAUCCACGCCGGCUCGCCCGUACCCUUACCGAGCUACGAGCCCGCAACGGAGAUAUUCCAGCCGACGAUAAAAAUAUCUUCGGGCUUGCUUUCAUCCGCUCUCAAAACACCCAGCGUGAAGCGCGUCAUCAUAACUUCGUCUAUCGUCGCGAAUCUCGGCGCCGUGCCGCCUCCCGCCGCCGUCUCGGCGAAAACGCGCGUUCCGCUGCCCGACCCCGUUCCCGCCACUUUCGACAACGUCUUUGAAGCAUACGUGCUGGGCAAGAUAGUCGAGAUACAUAACUCGGACGAGUUCGUCAAGACGCAUAAUCCCCAUUUCACCGUAUCCCAUGUGGUGCCCGGAUACGUCUUCGGCCGUAACGAGCUAGCCCUCGACGCCACUAUGAUGCAGACGCAGAACAGCUCUAACAACUUCCUGAUGAUGGGCAUGGUGGGUGGAGCGUUGCCAUUCCCGAUCCAUGGCGGGUUUGCGCACAUCGACGAUGUAGCGGACGCCCACCUACGCGUGGCGUUCCUCGACCUACAACCAGAUGGACCCAAGGACUUUGGUAUUGCGACAAAGGUAGACUACGGAACAAUCUUUGAUCACGUCGCAAAGGCAUUCCCCAAGGCUGUUGCAGAGGGGGUCUUCAAGAAGGGUACAGUUCCGACGUUGCCUGUUGAAUAUGACUCUAGCGAUGUAGAGAAGUUGCUAGGCGGGAAAUUGAGAACAUUCGAGAGUGCGGUGGUCGACGUCGCUGCCCAAUUCCUUGAGACGCUGGGUAAGGAAAAGGCGUGAUGCGCGAAAUUAUACUCUGGGUGGGAAAACAAUGGAGUAGAGGCUGGACAUAGCUGACGUUCGACCGGGCUUGAGCACAAUUCAAAGAAUAUUUAGAAAUACAAACACUCUUGAUGUACAUUAUACUAACUCCUAGUAAGUAUUUAUUCUUGUAAGGAGAUCCCCUUUCCGUAAUUACAGUCGUCAUUCGGAAAGCAGUUGCCAAGAAGAAGGGAACUGCCGAUCUACUCUCUUUAAGUACGCCAUAGCCGAUAUUCCGUAACACCCUCUAUGCAUAACUAGCCCAUAAGCUUGACUCAAUGUCUUUCGAUAUUGCCGUAUGGGUCAAUAAAUGUUGCAUAUGGCUUCAUAGUAAGCGUCAGGGCUAGCAUAUCGCUAAUAAGAAGCCGAAGAAACAUAGCAGCCGUACAUUGGAGGCUAAAGACCUGGUAGUCCCUCAUCGAACGGAAUGAAAGAAAGGUGUCAACGACGUAUUGGAGAUCCAACUCCGCUGUAGGCCAAAACCUAGCACUCGUGUUUUGGGGAUUCGAAAGCUAGACAUCCAGUGGUGUUUCGAUGAUGGUCGUGUCCCAACACGCAAGCUGCGUCUCUAUUCGGACUAAUAGUGUUUUGAUUUCGUUAUGCAGAUUAAUUAGAGUCCUUCCGCUAUCACUGUCUCUGUGAGAAGCUGCCCUAGACAUAUUCGCAAGCAAUUAAUCAU